AUGUCCUCAAUCGCAAAGACACUCUUAAUUCCCGCCACAAUCUCCCUAACCCUCUACGUCCUCCUCUCCUACCUCAUCCUCCCCUUCUUCCGGCACUAUCACCAACGUUACGCCCACUACCUCCCCCUACACACCAUCUCCGCGCACACCUCCUCCGUCCGCGACCGCAUCGGCAACACCCUCAUGCGCUGCAUCCUUCGCUCGUCGUCCUCGUUCCCAUGGCGGAGGAAUAGCGUGGCCGGGCCUGGUGGGGAUCAUCACGAUAAUGUCAGCAUUGAUGAUGCGGAAGGGGAGAUUAUGGUCGGGAUGCAUAUGGAUCCGGCGAGGAGGAGGGAGUUGGAGAGGAGGUGGAAUAGUAGGCCGGAGUCCGAAGCAAGGUUGAGUCGGGAUUUAGAGGAGGGGUUUAUGGAUGAUAGUGAUGAGGAGGAGGAUAGAGGGCGUCGUUGA